CCAAUUCUCAAGGGGUCUCUUCAGCGCUUCGGAUCCCGACGGUUUUGGUGUUGAUUUCGUUUUUUCUUGACCUGGGUUUUUUGAGAUCUUGACGCUAAAAACAUAUUAAGGUGAGAGGAUAGAAGAGGUUUCUUGGGAGAGACGCAACCAUUGUUUAUGAAGGGUUAUAAGACAUUUAUUGAUCUUUAAUCACAAGAAUAAGAAGAAAAGAGAGAUCAAAGGUCUUGAGAAAGGGUUCUUGGUAAGGGAAACAGAGAAGAAGAUGAAUUGCUUUUCAUGCUUUUAUUUCCAUGAAAAGAAAAAAUCUCCCAAAGGUUCAGAUAAUAGCCGCCGUAGAAAUGGCGAGUUGACCGGUAGAGACAACAACAAAACACACCCUGAGAUUCCAAAUAAGACUGGGGAUGAGCAGAACAAGAACAAUGAUGCAGAAAAAGAAAUGACUAACAACAUUGCUGCUCAAACGUUCACCUUUAGGGAGCUAGCUACUGCCACCAAGAAUUUCAGACAAGAAUGUCUGAUCGGUGAAGGCGGCUUUGGAAGGGUUUACAAGGGGAAACUCGAAAAAUGUGGCAAGAUUGUGGCAGUGAAGCAGUUAGAUAGAAAUGGUCUGCAAGGGAACAAAGAGUUCAUCGUAGAAGUGUUGAUGUUAAGUCUUUUGAAUCAUAAGCAUCUCGUGAAUCUCAUUGGUUAUUGUGCUGAUGGAGACCAGAGACUUCUUGUCUACGAGUACAUGUCUCGUGGUUCACUUGAAGACCAUCUCCUCGAUCUAACACCUGACCAAGUACCGUUGGAUUGGGACACAAGGAUCAGAAUCGCGCUAGGAGCCGCGAUGGGUCUUGAAUACUUGCAUGACAAGGCAGAUCCUCCGGUGAUCUAUAGAGAUCUCAAGGCAGCUAAUAUCCUUUUGGACAGUGACUUCAACGCCAAGUUAUCUGAUUUUGGGCUAGCGAAGCUAGGUCCUGUCGGAGACAAACAGCAUGUGUCUUCACGAGUUAUGGGGACUUACGGGUACUGUGCUCCAGAGUAUCAGAGAACCGGCCAGUUAACCAUUAAAUCUGAUGUUUACAGCUUCGGGGUUGUGUUGUUGGAACUGAUAACUGGACGAAGAGUUAUUGAUACGACCAGACCCAAAGAUGAACAGAACCUAGUGACUUGGGCACAACCAGUGUUCAAAGAACCGAGUAGGUUCCCGGAGUUAGCAGAUCCAAGUCUGGAAGGAGUGUUCCCGGAGAAAGCACUUAACCAGGCAGUGGCUGUCGCUGCAAUGUGUUUACAAGAAGAGGCCACGGUACGGCCACUCAUGAGCGACGUUGUGACCGCUCUCGGUUUCUUGGGAACCGCUCCUGAUGGCUCUAUCUCUAUUCCACGCUACGAAGACGUUUCCCCUCCUCAGCCGUCGGCUGAAACGUCCCGUGAGGAUCCUGCGGCGGCUGAAGAACGGGAGAGAGCCGUGGCGGAGGCAAUGGAGUGGGGAGUAGCUUCAAGGGCACAUUCUCGGAACCCAAGUGCAGCACAGUCCCUAAAUCCAAGUGCUGCACAGUCCCGGAACCCAAGUGCAGCACAUUCCAGGAACCCAAGUGCUUCUUGAUUAUAAUUUUUCUUUACAUCUUUUUGUCUUUCUUGAUUUGGUUGUUUUUCUUUUCCCUGGCUUCUUUUGUUUUUGAAGUUUUCAGAGAAUAGUGAUAGAAGUUGUUACCUUCAUCUUCUUUGUGUUGGAAUGUUCU